AUCACAACACAAUUCACAACCGCUCCUCGACCUCCUCCAUCCGCGCGCAGCUCGAGCCAAGAAGAGAUCGUCAGCCAUGUCCGGCCGCGGCAAGGGAGGCAAGGGGCUCGGCAAGGGCGGCGCUAAGCGCCACAGGAAGGUGCUGCGCGACAACAUCCAGGGCAUCACCAAGCCCGCCAUCCGCCGCCUGGCUCGGAGGGGCGGCGUGAAGCGCAUCUCGGGGCUCAUCUACGAGGAGACCCGUGGCGUGCUCAAGAUCUUCCUCGAGAACGUCAUCCGCGACGCCGUCACCUACACCGAGCACGCCCGCCGCAAGACCGUCACCGCCAUGGACGUCGUCUACGCGCUCAAGCGCCAGGGCCGCACCCUCUACGGCUUCGGCGGCUAGGCUCUUCCUCGCCCCCCCUGCAGAUCCCAAAAGUUGGAUGACACCGCGACUUGUGUAGUUCUCUGUUUGCUCUGUAGUUCGAACUGUAUCGUGGAACAAAGUGGUUCGCAUGUGUUGCUGGAAAUCAAACUUGUCCCAGUGAAAUACCGUGUCUCUGAUUUUGUCC